AUGGAACCUACUUUUCCACUGUUUCGACUACCCGAGAAUGUUAUUGUCCACGUGCUCCAAAACAUGAAUCCCGAUCGAUUAUUAAUCAUAUCCCUUGUCUCAACAAAAACCAAAAACCUUGUAACAUCAUUAGGAUUAAGAGCCCGUAAUAUUGACAUCGCUUUUUAUUAUGAGAUUAAUGUAACUCUGCACAUUGGAACAUUCAGAUGGAAUUUGAUCUUUCGAAACGAACCGAACCAUCAGAAUACCGAAUUUGACAUUACUCGUCCAAUAUCUGCUUCUUGUCUAUGUCUGAACAAACCUUUCCAACCAUCAACUCCAUUCAACUUCAACGAUUGGCUAGAUCACAUUCUGACUGUAUUCUGUUAUACUAAACCUCUAGCCGUAGGAUUCGAGCCAGGCAGUGAGCAAUUUGAAAUGGAAUUGCUGAAGAAUACGUUAAAAAACGUCGAUUUUGCUCUAAUUCAAGGUGUUACUGCUAUUCGGACUAAGGAAAUUUUGAAAACUUUCAAAGACUUGAACAAAUUAUAUCUGAGAAGUAUCAUAUUUGAAGAUACUUGUGAAGUUCAAAAAUUCUUCAUUCAAAACUUCAAAAGCAUUGGAUUUCAUGAUGUAUACUCCUUAGAUGACAUGUUAUCAGUCAACAUUGAUAUGAUCAACUUCCGCUUUCCAAUACCUCAGAAACAGUUCAACCGAUUUGUCAAACAUUGGAUCCGUGGAUCUAAUCCAAGACUGCAACGCAUGUAUUUAUCAAUCAAUGACAGUAACUCCGUAAACAGAGGUGUGCUUCUGAAAGGAAUUCAAUGUGUUGAUGUGUCCGAAGAAAAGCAACAAGAAAUAUGUCAAGAACUCAGCAUUCAGAGUGAUUAUAUGGUUGAGAUCAAACGGAAAGACGGGACACCUGCAGUGAUUGCGGUCAAGGAGUACGAAAAUAAUAUUCUUCAUAUCCGUUUCCUCGUGUUUUACUAA